ACUUAAAAAACGGAUUUUAGUUCGAGUUUGCGUCCAAUUAUAUAUUUAAUUGCAGUUAUUGAAACAUGAAGUGCGGAUUUAAUCUGUAACUGCUGGGGUAUUGAUAGCAAUAACGUAAAACGAGAGACUGGGAACCAGGUGCCGAUUAGUUGUGUUGUAACUUUAAGGAUGAGUCGUAGAGGUUCGACCCCCGCCUCCAGCAAAAAGACGUCUUCCUCCUCCAAACGAGUGUCACUGAAGGACGGUAACCUUCUGGGAGGGGCAUACAGGCAGUCACUGGGGGAUAUUCGUGAGGGAGACACGUUUUAUAAGACCAUAAAGUUCUACCCCUCGCUGUCUGACCUUCCCGAUGACGUCACAAUUAACGUUGCAAGGGCCAUUCGAGAAACGAGAGCGGGGUCUUCGGCGGGGGGAGCGGAAUCUCGCAGGGGGUCAGUCCUUAGUCGGGAUGAAUCCUCCUCCCCGUCACUAGGGCGAACGGAAUCUCCGAUAAAGGAAAGAGCGGCCUCUAUAGCUGCCAGUGCAGGGGGUGCUGAUUCCAAGAGACCACGUGCCUUAAUAUGGCCAGAGUGGAAUGAAAAAGAUGUCAAUGAUGAGAAAUGGGAUGUUGUACAAAAAGCCAAAAAAGAAGACAAAGGGAAAUCCCCAGUGGCCCAGCAGCAUUACUUUGAUGACCCUGAGGGUAAAAUUGAGUUGCCUUCUUCACUGAAGGUAGAAACAUGGCGUCGUCCAAACGAGUUCAUUACAGAAAAGACCCCUGUAAUAGUGGACCCAGAUGGAAUGGCUGGGUUUGAUUUGAUCACGGCCAAUGAACACAUUCAUCACAGUGAGCUGAUGAGAUACAUCAUGCAGCAUGAAACUGUGAAAUAUUUUGAACUGUGGCCCAUGCUUCUCACCAAAGCAUUGAUUAAAGUGGCUUCCUUAGACUACACAGGAGGCAGUCAGAGCAGUGAGUUUGGGGACUGUAGCAUCAUCCAGUGUCUGAUGGGCUGGAUCCCCGAGGCUAUACCACUCCAGGGCCUAAUGUCGUCCACUCGGGACAUUCCCGCCGGCCCAGCCUCUGGGUCGGGCCGGGCGUCUCCAUUAGUGACCGCUAGCCAGGUGCUUGAUAAAUAUAUCCAGCUAAGUUCUCAGCCAAAGAGUGCCGAAACCGUGGCCAUGCCACACGGCAAGGCUCAUAAGGUGAAGUCCACAGUACACCAGGAAUACAGACACGGCCACAUUCAUGAGGUGUGGGAGCUACUAAAGGCGUCCCUCCCCGAGUGGAAACUCCCCCUACAGGAGUGGGAAAAACAGCUACUAGCCGAAAAGGAGGAGCAGGAAAAGAAGGAACUGGACAGCGCAACGCCACAUGACUUAACAAAAGACAAUCUUUCUGAGAAAGAUGGUGCCAAAGGUGAAAAAUCAGAGAAAGCUGACCCCAAGGCCAAGGAUGGAAAAGACAAGGGCAAAGAUGCCAAGGACAAAGGCAAAGACAAGGACAAAAAAGGGGGAGAUAAAGACAAAGCCAAAGGGGCUGAAAAGGAGAAGACAAUGGAUGACAUCACAAUACCAGAGAAGCCUGAAGUUUGUGUGUUUGCUACCUACUGGAGUACCCCGAAAUACCCGGUCAAGGUGUCAGUCCUGGGAGAGAUGGCGGAUGCCAGCGAAAAACUGAGACAGAACGGUUUGUCCCACCUCUACCCUCACCCUGUCUGUAUCACACAGACCCGGUCCUGUCCCUUAGAACCUCCCCCACCACCCGAAAAAAUACCGGCGUGGAAACUGAUCCGACCCAGGAAAAAGAAACCUGCUCCAUCAGAUGAACCUGUUUCAACUCCUGAGCCUCCCAAGCCUAUACAGUGUCUAGAGAUCACCUCUCCUUUCCUGAACUACAAAGUCAGUCCUAUCCCAAUUCCUGCAGAUACAACUCGUCCCAACUCCUCUUUGUCGAGGGGUGGUACUCGAUCACGCCCGGCUACAGGUCACAUCAACCAGAUAGAGGAAACCGAUGAAAACGCACCAGAACCAGAGCCUAAAAAGCCAGAACCAGAAAAAGAGGAGCCACCGAAACAGGAGGAACCCCCACAAAUCAUUGAACCUGAGGUCAAACCAUCUACCCCCAGUAAGGAGAGGCGAAAAUCCCCCACUAAAUCUAAGGAGGGAAAUAGAGAGGGAUCUCCAAAAUGCAAGAGAAUAAGCUCAGCAAAGGGAGAUAAGACAAAGUCUGCAGGUCGACCAGAUUCUAAAGGCAAGAAAGAGGAGGAAAAGCCGGCUAAAGCCACACCCCCUGCAGCAGCCCCUCCCCCAGCUCCCUCUGAUGGAGGCGGGUUUGCCCCACCCCCGGUCACUGACCCUGAGGCUGUACCCCCUGAGGGAGGAGAGGAGGGAGUAGAGAAGCCAGAGGAGCCACCAGAGGAACCGGUCAUUGAUGAGGAGGCCGCCAAGGCCAAGAAAGUCUGGAUGGACUUCGAGAUGUUCUGUAAAUGUUUCAAAACUUUGUACAUUUACCACAAACCUAACACCUAUAAGUACAACCAUAAGCACGCUGAUCUAAAGAAACUGGAGAAACUUUUCAAUGUUCAGAGUGUCACACAGGCGGCUGCCCCAGUGGGCAAAGGGGACAAAAAAGGAAAUCCGGGAAAUGUUGGCGGGGUAAAUACCUCCAAGACUGCUCAAACCCCACUCUCUGCACACUCCCUCUGUAGUGGUGGAGGAACUCUUGCUGAUGAAAGAGCACCACACUACUUAUUUGUUGACAAUCUAAAGCCCACGGAAAUCGUGGUGUGUUUCUCGGCCCUGUCCCGCUGGCAUGACCCCCCACCCCAGGGGAUGGACGAGGUCAAAUCUCACACCAAUCUGAAAGGCAAGAAGGGGGAUCAGGACAAGGAACUGACCACUGUGACCAGCAGUAGUGUCAUGGAAGAGGAACCUCCUGAUAUUAAGGUGUAUCAGGACCACAGUGUGGAGGGCUCUAUAGCUGGUGAACCCAAACCUCCCCCGGUUGUAAAUCCUGGUACUCUGGUUGCUGAACCAUAUUCCUGGAAGAGUCUGGUGACGGGACAACCAAUCUUAAGGAUCAGAAGCACUGCCACCAAAGCAGCUGUCCUUAAUCUACCAGCUGGACGCCAUGUACUAAGGUUCAUGAUGUCUGGACCAUUAGGUUAUUGUGUCCAUUUGGUGUCCACUGUUCCAUUUGUUUUUGGAAAUGAGGAGGAAGUCAUGCCAGAACUCACAAAGGAGAGUUGUCGGUUUGUGGACAAUGCUCUACAAGUCAUCAACAGCAUAGGAAAGUGUAUCAACAGCUUCACUGACUCAGAGGCCUUCAAGAAGAACUGGGAUGAAUUAGUCAGCUAUCACUGCCCAUACAGAAACGAUAAACUUAUGUCUAAACAACACCACUUUGACGUGUUUAAUGAUGCCCUAUACAACAUGUUACGUAAAUGUCUGAGUGAUAUAGCAACUCCAGAAAUAGCUUUUGCAUGGAGAUGUUUUACAUUUGAUGCCACAUCUAAAAAUAUCCUAGGACUUCCCACUAGUAGUAGGCCAGGCACUGCCACCACGAGUCACCGCGGGUCUGCCAAACCACCAGGUGGUGGCAAGGAGAAGGAUAAAGACAAAGACAAGGGGAAGCAACAACAGCAGCAGCGUGAGACAGAGAAAGUAGAGAAUCCUUGGGCAAACAGGGAACCUACUCCAUUUGAACAUACAUCAGCUGUAAAGAUUCAGAAGAGCUGGAAAGCUUACUAUGUCAGAAAGAUCACACAGGCCAGAACACAAGGCACUGAAGAGAAUAUCAAGGUAUCAGAAAAUCUCCAGAAGUGCUGGAACAUCAUAGAACCAAAUGCUGAACAAAACGGUCUCUUCUUGUUCAGGUUCAUGUUUAAGAACGACCCAGAUAUCAUGGUAAAGUACCCCUUCUAUCAGGAUGAAUGGAACAAGAUUUCUUAUGCAGAUUACAGUGGUACCUACCCAGAUCAGCCCCCUAACAAUUGGUUCGUUGUCUUCAGGGAGAUUUUCUAUGUGAGUGAAGAGAUGCUGGCUGUGCCUAAGUUGUAUGUCCCAGUCAACACGUGUCUGCUGAGGGUAGUCAAUAACGACACCGGAGAGGAAAUCCCCCGCGUCUUCCAGAAAGUCGCCCCCUACGUCUACAAGAAAAAUAGAAAAGGUUACACCUUUGUUGCCGAGGCAAGGACAACAGAUCAGGGUAUCCCUAGCAACAAGUGGAGGAUGCGUCUGAUUGGUUCAUUGAGUCCCCUCCCAGCUCCAGCCAAACCAGACACCGUCAACUCAAGUUUUGUGGUCAAACACAUCACAGACUAUUAUGUGCCAAAUUCCAAAGAUGUCAUUUUCAGGUAUACUGUUAAAGUGACAGAAGACCACCUGGCCUCGAUUCAGGUCAACACGUCCAAACUGGACGUCUACAUCAAACUGGUCAUCCUGGACAAUGAGACAGAGGUAGCUACCACGCAGGGCAAAGGUCAUGCUGUCAUUCCAUCCUUUAUCUUCCUGAAGGACCUUGACCCAAAUGAAGAGAAGCGACCUAGCUCCAGAGCUUCUACCAAAGAAACCAAGGGUAAAGGUGGAAGUAAAGAGAAUGUUGGGAAGAAACGAUCAGGAUCUGGGAAGAGCCCCGAGGGCAGAACCUCAAGACCAGGCAGCCGGAUUUCUGACGCCAGUGAAGUCGAUCUGGAAGAAAAGGAUUACAAGCCCCAUAAAUACAUUAUCCAAGCCAUGGUGCAGAAGAACAGCUGGCCAUUGUCAGAAUCUAGCUGGGCGUUUGUACAGAUGCUGAAAGACCUGGAGAAAAAUGAACUCAAAGUGGCCAAUAAGGAGAGGCCCCCAUCACCACCAAAACAAGAGAAAACUGCCGCCAGUACCAGUAGUAAGGACAAGGGUAAAGGUGGGGCCAAGGGCAAGGAUAAGGGUAAAGAUAAGGACCAGAAGGGGUCCAGGCCCUCAUCACAACAGUUUGAUCACAGUAAACCCCACUGGAGCCUCCGAAUUGCCAGUGAUGCCAGUGCUGCUGAUGAUAUUGAAGUCAAAAAGGACACGGAGAGAGCUGAUGAAAUCAGGGCCCUCAAACGAGCCUGGGAAAACGCAGAGGAGGGUCGGGCAGUCAAGGCAAUGCAGUCACGGUUGAAGUACCUGAACACCCACACAAUAAAGCUGGACUACGACAAGGAGGAGACGGAGGGAGGGGAGGAGAAACCGCUGGACCAGGAGGAGGUACCACCGCCCCAGACACCACUGUCCCUCCACGGAGACCAGGGGGAGGAGAACCUGACCCUGGAGCCACCGCUCGCCCCCACCCCCACAGAAAUGUUACAACCCCUAGAUCUUACUCCUUUCAUGAAAAAACCAGAGCAUGAGCCCCGGUACCUUGAUGAGGAGGAGAUUCGUCGGCGGGAGGAGGAACAGAAGAGACAGGUGGAGGAGUACAAGGCCUUCAGGGACCAGGUCAAGGCCUGGCGGGAACAGGACAAACAGAAACGCAACCAGACAAAGAUCAAACAGCUCGAGCAGUGUGAGGAACUACAGGCCAUGUUGGAUGCUGCACGUGAGUCUGUAAACGUUCCUCGAGAGGCCAUACGUCAGAAAUAUUUGGAGGCCGAACGCAAAAAACAGGAGGAGCUAGACGCAAAAGAGGCAGCUUCUGUGUCUGACCAGAACGCCAAAUCUCCCAAAGGAAGGAAGAGUGCCAAGGGCAAGAAAAGUCCGGCCAACGGCAAAAAGAAGGGGAAAUAAAUCCUGCAGUAUUAUACAAACUGUGUCAGCGUAUCUGUGAUAGCAUUUAUUGUAAAUAAUAAUACUUCUGUUGUGAGGAUAAUGAAUGCCGAUUGUGUUUAAGAUAUGUUACUGUGGUAAUAUGAACACUUGUAUGAAGUGUAUAAAAAAAGUGCUACAGAAUUUUAACUGAUGUUUGGUGUAUUUUGAUAUUUUUUGAGAAUAUGAAAUUUAUGAUCCAUUUUUAUGUGCAUUGUGUAUUUGUGCACUGUUAAUGUCUGUGUCAUAAAAAAUCACACCAUACUGGUUAAGUGUGAAAAAAAUUAGAAAUCAAAGAGUCAUUUCACAUUCUACUUGUAAUUUAAAUUUAUUAAAACAAAAAUACUACAUCUUUUAUAAAAAGCAAGAAAUUUAAGAUUAGAUGAUUUCACUGGUUUGCAAAAUCAUUAUUAGCACUUGUCUUUCUUUUUUUCUGCUCCGCUGGUAAAAAAAUAUGCUUAAAGGAGAUUUUUGUCUCAUGAAAACUGUGUUUUCAGACAUUAACAGUGCUCCAUGUUGACAGUCAUUCCGUCCUACCACUGGUUCUUGCCGAUCAUAAGUGGCCCUUGUGAGCUCCGUCCUCUUAAUGAUCAAUGUUGUAUGUGAUAUUGUAAGUCCAGUGGUCCUCUCUAGUCCAUAUCACAUGACCUUCCCAGCCAAUCAAAACACUUCUUACAAAAGAUGAUUUUUUUUGGUUACAUUUUACAUGUUAACAUCAAAACAAUGUUGAACUAUGAAGAAAUGGGGGAAAGCAAGGAUACAAGUAAAGGAAUGUUUCAUUGGUUGGGUGGUCAGCUUUUUACAUAUCAACUACUCUGUAUUAUGCAUAAUCUAUUUUCUAUCCUCCUUGGUCUGUCCUGGGACUUUUGUCCACUUUUAAUGUCUCACAUAUCAACAGUUUUUGUUGUGUAUUUGUACAUAUGUAGCAUAAAUGUGUAUCAUAAAUGUCAUAUUUAUUGUAUUGUAUUAUAUAUGAAGAUUUUUGUACAUUCAAUAAAUGAAUUAAAACAUU